UAUAUCUUUUCUUAGUCAGCAUGAAGACUGUCGUGAAAUCCACGUUGACGAAGGUGCUGAUGGUGUCCGCGCUGGCGACAAUGUUCUCGUCGGCGGAAGGCAGUGCGAAGGCCAGCUACGGCCACGUCGGAGGACUCGGUGGAUUUGGAGGCAUUGGAUUCGGUGGAUAUGGUGGAUACGGAGGCUAUGGUGGUUAUGGUGGACUAGGUGGAUUUGGUGGACUAGGUGGAUUUGGUGGAUUAGGUGGAUAUGGAGGCUACGGAGACUAUGGGAGCGUUUCUCAUAGUUAUGGAUCUUAUAACUCUUAUGGCAAAUGAGAUUAUCCAUGUCACUCGUCAGUAUCAUUCAUUGUAUUCUAGCACGGCAGUAUAUCCCAUUAGUCAGUGUAUUUUAGUGCUGCAAAGUAAUAUUCUAUUAGAAUAUUACUUAGUGUUUUUCGGUAUUGGCACCAAUUUUCUUAUCUUUAUAUCUUUUGUCAAUUCAAAACAAAGCAGUAAAACCCAAAUGGAGUAGCAAUAGAAAAGAAAAAUGUAUCAGAGAAGGUUUAAUAGAGAGGAAUGUAC